AUGGGCCGCAAGCGCAAGGCGGUCGGGGACGGCAGUACGGGGAAACAACCAAAGACAACCCGCUCGACUCGCUCUGCUGAUGUAGCAGGCUUUGAUGACGCUGGCGCGUCCGGCUCCGCAAUGUCUACAAACACCAAACCGAAGCGAAAUCCCCGAAGAACGGCAAAGGAUCGGUGGGAGGAGGAAAAAUUGAUGACCAGUACCACUUCGCAGCUGAUUGAUAUAGACCUUGUGAAACUGCUCGCGCGGCGCGAGGCAUGGGACUGCCUUGAAGAAAACGAGAAAGAGGAGAUACUGAGUCUUCUUCCUGAGAGUUUACACCCGAACCGCGAGUCCACGUCCGAUGAUCCGGAAGCGAAGAUACCCCCUUUACCCGAAUCUUUCCUGCGCUAUUCGAACUUCUGGCGAGAUAGUAUUCGUCUGUUUCAGCUAGACCUCCAACAUGGCCGGUAUGACCCUGAAUGGCAACGCCAAGCUCAUGAGGCUGUGCGCGAAAGGGAAAAGGGGAAAUUUGACCGAUUUAAAGAGGAGGAAUUUGAAGAAUUCUGGGGCCAAAAGCAGAAAAUGGACAAAACACUUGCCGCUGGACAGAGUUCCCAAGUGAAGUUGACUACGCUCAUUGAGCAUGGUCUCGUGCGUGAAGGCGAUGUCUGGAAGUAUUCGCGAACCUUUGCUGGCAAAGGGCGAAAUAAGGUCUUAGUCGAAAAGGAGGCAAAAAUUCUGAAGAUUAACGGAAAGCGAUUGACUUUUGCGAUCCCUUCAGGCGAACGAGUCUUCCUGUCUGCCGUUCAAGCUCCAGUCCGUCAGCAUUCUACGGCAAGUUCUCAGGCCAAGGACGACGAGAUUUCCAAAUCUGAGAUCCCCACGAACGGAGCUGCAAAGGAAAAUGAAGAAACACAGGGCGACACCGAUAACAUGAGAAAGUCCACAUCCUCCAGAAAGCGGAAAUCUGAGGUCGAGCACGGUAGUCGCAAAAAGCGUCAACAGGAAUCUACAUCUUCUGAGGAUAACUCGCAGAAUUGUGAGCCAGAUGACGAUGUUGUCCUUGUAGCCAAUCCCAAAACCUUGGCGGUGGAGGUCACCGAUUCUCGAGCAGAGGCAGAUUCAUUCAUACCUACAGGGACACUUGACGCUGUCUCACCUAACAACACAGAAGCAGAAAGCGUUGCCGCAGCAUCUACAGCAGUCUUUCAAGAUAAAGUCGCUUCUGGUCUAGCGAAGGACGAGGAGUCAUCCUCAACCAAUUUGACCGGCGAUUCGGAUCAGACCUCGGAAAUCAUUUUAGAGAACAUCGGGGGACCCAGCGCCCUCGCUCUGAAAAUCUUGGAAGUGGAUGGGCGUAUCAAGGACGUUCCCAACGGGAAUGCUUGGAAGGAGUUUCGAUCUUACCGAAACAACCAGGACAUGGGAAGUUUAUGGGAAGUCAGACAGGCUUGGUACCUUAGAGGGAAGUAA